AUGUUCGCCAGGAACUGCGGAUUGCACGCCCUUCGCAGCUGCAGUCGAACAACCAGAGCUUGCAUUCAUCGUGCGCAGGCGACGAAGUUCGUCUCACGACGCUUUUCCUCGUCUUCCUCGUCGGCAGUCAGCAAUGGCCCUGCUCCAACGGCACAUCCCAUUGCGGGGGUUGCCACUCAGCUUGACCAUGUCGCACCCCGGUUCGAGAUUGACCCGGACAAUAUCCAGAUCCUCGACUCUCCAACCGCUUUCUACGACACCCUGAAGGCCAAGAUAAAAGGAGCAAAACGACGGAUAUAUCUUUCCACAUUGUACAUUGGCAAAACCGAGCACGAGCUCAUCGAGACGCUCAAGGAAGCGUUGGUGAACAACCCGAACCUCGAGAUCUCGAUCCUAACCGAUGCACUUCGAGGCACUCGGGAGGAUCCCAAUCCAUCAUGUGCCACUCUCCUCGCACCGUUGAUCGUCCAAUUCGGCGACCGGGUUCGGAUCUCCAUGUUUCACACGCCAAAUUUGAAUGGGUGGAAGAAGAAGUACAUGCCCAAGCGGAUAAACGAAGGAUGGGGUUUGCAACACAUGAAACUCUAUGGCUUUGACGACGAAAUCAUGCUCUCAGGCGCGAAUUUGUCUAAUGACUACUUUACCAACCGUCUAGACCGUUACCACAUUUUCUCCUCUAAAGAGCUCACGGAUUUCUACGGCGCUAUUCACGAAGCUGUUUGUGAUCUGUCGUACCACCUCGUCCCCUCCGAGGAGCGUCCUGGCGGCUUCGAGCUGCUAAGCCCCCAUGAUCGAGGGUAUCCCGAUCCUUUGUGGCAUACUAAGAGAUUCAAAGCAUACGCUAAAGAAACACUUGAACCAUUAAUCCACAAGAAGGCUAGACAAAAGAUGUUUCCCGUCGAAUUCACUCAGCAAAAGACAUUUGUCUACCCGCUGGCUCAGUUCGAUGUCCUCCUUGGACCCCCCAAGAAUGUGGCUGUGCUCGACUAUGAGUUUGCACAAUACACCUCCACCGAGAAGCCUGCAAUCACUAAACUGCUCACCAACCUGGCCGAGGAUGAUAGACUACACAAGUCGACGUGGAUAUUCACGGCCGGAUAUUUCAACAUUGACCCAGACAUCUGCAAACUCCUUAUAGCUGCCGCCCCGGAGAGUCCGUCGGCACUGAAACCAGACAUCAAAGCUUUCGAGAAGGUAUGCACAGUGAUCACCGCAUCGCCGUGGGCCAACGGCUUCUACGGCAGCCCUGGAGUAAGCGGGAUGCUACCAGCAGCGUAUACCCUCCUUUCUCGACGCUUCCUGCGUACAGUCUAUAAUGCCGGCAAAGAAGACGUGAUUCAGCUCAAGGAGUGGAGAAAAGGCACAGUCGGUGAACCCGGUGGAAUGACCUACCACGCCAAGGGGCUAUGGGUGACUCUCCCACCUCAACUGGGCGCUGAGGGACAAGCUGUCGAAGAGCCGGGACCGAGCAUCACGGUGGUGGGGAGCAGCAACUACACGAAAAGGAGCUACAGCCUUGACCUGGAAAUUGGAGCAAUGAUUCUCACCGGCGACGAAGGGCUCAAACGAAGACUCAAAGAAGAGACGGAAAAUCUACAGAAAGAUGCUACAGUCGCAACGCAGGACGAUCUCGCCAAAAUCGAUCGGAGGGUAGGCUUGAAGGUGCGACUGGCACUUUGGCUGGUUGAAGCCCUGGGAGGUGCUCUAUAA